AUGAGUAGAAGAUGCAUUAUUGCACUAACGGAAAAUAAAGUAGAUCUUUCUUUGUUUCCUGUUGCUACUGUAGAGAACUCUAUUUCUUCUCUUCCUCCUCCUUUAAGUCAGGUUAUUCUUCCUCGUUUUGUACAACAUGUGAGGGAAAACUUUCCUUCUUUUGAUGUCAUUCCUUGUUGUUGCAUUAUGGACUUUAAAGAUAAAGAAGAGGAAUUAAAUAUGGCGGAGAUUAUCUUCAUGAUAGACGCUCCUCCUUCUUUGCUUUCUCAUUUAUUACCAAUGGCAAAGAAUAUAAAAUGGAUACAUAGUUAUUUAGCUGGUGUAGAUGGGCUUUGUAACGAGUUACGUGGGCUAGACGGAAGAAAGAAAUGUGAUUUAUUAGAAAAAGUUUUUGGUUAUUCAGGGGGGAAAGAAGACUUAGAGGUGUACAGACAGUCUGACUUCGUCGUGUGUACCCUGCCUGCUACUGCUGAGACAAAGCAGUGUAUUUCAUAUAGUCAAUUUAAUGCAAUGAAGAAAAAUGCAGUCUUCAUCUCUAUAGGGAGGGGAAGUGUCGUUGAUGAAGAGGCGCUGCUGCAUGCUCUUCACUCGGGUCAAAUUGCUGGUGCUGCGUUAGAUGUAUUUAAUAAAGAGCCUUUGCCAGUAGACUCUCCUCUUUGGUCUUCUCCCAAUCUGCUGCUGUCUUCUCACAACGCUGACUUCUGUGAUAACUUCAAUGCAGCAGCAACACUGCGAGUAUUUAACGCUAACAUGAUUAAAUACUUAAGGGGGGCAUCUAGCAACGCAGAUAUGGAGACACCGGUAGACUGCAACAGAGGGUACUAA